AUGCCAGCGGGUACUGUCCCAGAGCCUUUCGGAUCUUUGCUCCAGCAGCGCUGCCUCUACUGCUAUCCACUGCUGGGGAAGAGGAGUUCCUGCAUGCAGCCACGCUCCAGGACAUCCCCAAAGAAUUGCUGCAGCAAGCUCAGUCUUUCCUGUUUUCCUCUGGCAAAGGGGAGGAGGUUUCCGUGCUGCUGCACUUGCUGGCUCAGAGCUCCGUCCUCUCUCCAUCUCUCUCUGUGUUUCUCUCCCCAGGACUCUGACAGCAUCUCAUGCUCUUGCUUUCAAUCCUUUUUCCCACAAUUCACACAAUCUCCUCAGUCAGAACAGGGAUGAUGUCACUUCCUUCUAGAGUGUGACGAAGGGGGGGGGUGCAGAGUGGGGGAAGUCACGACCCCGGCUCAUUCGCUCUGAGCAGUCCCAGUUGGAUAAAUGAGGUUGCUGUCUUGGAGGGAGGGAAGUGCUCUGAAGAUGAUGCUUGGCUUCGUUGACGGACAGUCAGCAAGCCGUCCUUUCCUCUCCUGACUGGGAUUUUCAAUGGCUGUGUGAAGAGUUUGCUGUUUCUUCCUUCACUCGUGAUGUCUGUCUCCGUGGAUACGCACUUUCCCUGAAACACCCUCUUGGGAGAGAAGGAUGUGCUUCUGCUGGACCACAUGCCAUGAGAUGAGCAUCGUGCCUGCUGAGCCUCCUCAGACCCACUAGCCAUGCCAGGGAUUGUGGUAUUCCGCCGUCGCUGGUCUGUGGGCAGCGAUGACCUCGUUUUGCCAGCCAUCUUCCUCUUCCUUCUUCACACCACCUGGUUUGUGAUCCUUUCCGUGGUGCUCUUCGGGCUGGCGUACAAUCCCAACGAGACCUGUUCCCUUAACCUGGUGGACCACGGCAGAGGCUACCUGGGCAUCCUGCUCAGCUGCAUGAUCGCAGAGGUGGCAAUCAUCUGGCUCAGCAUGCGCGGCAGCAUCCUGUACACAGAGCCCCGGGACUCGAUGCAGUAUGUGCUCUAUGUCAGACUGGCCAUCCUGGUGAUCGAGUUUGUGUAUGCAAUUGUGGGCAUUGUGUGGUUAACACAGUACUAUUCCUCCUGCAAUGACCUCACUGCCAAGAGUGUCACCUUGGGAAUGGUCGUCUGCAACUGGGUCGUCAUUCUGAGUGUCUGCAUCACUGUCCUGUGUGUCUUUGACCCAACAGGACGGACCUUUGUUAAACUGCGAGCCACAAAGAGAAGACAGCGCAACCUGAGGACAUACAACCUGCGGCACCGCCUUGAGGAGGGACAAGCUAGCAGCUGGACUCGCCGACUCAAAGUUUUCCUUUGCUGCACACGGACAAAGGACUCCCAGUCAGAUGCGUACUCUGAAAUCGCUUACCUUUUUGCUGAGUUUUUCCGAGACCUUGACAUAGUUCCAUCUGACAUCAUUGCGGGCCUGGUCCUCCUGCGUCAGCGGCAGAGGGCAAAGCGCAACGCAGUGCUAGACGAGGCAAACAAUGACAUCUUGGCCUUUCUGUCUGGAAUGCCAGUGACUAGGAACACUAAGUACCUGGAUCUGAAAAACUCGCAAGAGAUGCUGCGGUACAAAGAGGUCUGUUAUUAUAUGCUGUUUGCCUUAGCUGCCUAUGGCUGGCCCAUGUACCUGAUGAGGAAACCCACCUGUGGACUCUGUCGCCUGGCCAGAUCCUGCUCAUGUUGCUGUCUCUGCUCCUCACGGCCCCGCUAUGCUCCGAGUGUCACUAUUGAGGAGGAUAACUGCUGCGGCUGCAACGCCAUCGCUAUCCGGCGCCACUUCCUAGAUGAGAAUAUGACUUCGGUGGACAUUGUCUACACCUCCUGCCACGAUGCGGUCUAUGAAACUCCUUUCUACGUUGCUGUAGACCAUGAUAAGAAGAAGGUAGUUAUCAGUAUCCGAGGAACUCUGUCUCCAAAGGAUGCCCUGACUGAUCUGACAGGGGAUGCAGAGCGUCUCCCAGUUGAGGGUCACCAUGGAACCUGGCUGGGUCACAAGGGAAUGGUGUUGUCUGCUGAGUACAUCAAGAAGAAAUUGGAGCAGGAGAUGGUGCUUUCUCAAGCCUUUGGACGUGACUUGGGCAGAGGAACAAAACACUAUGGGCUGAUUGUUGUGGGCCAUUCCCUAGGGGCUGGCACAGCUGCUAUUCUGUCCUUUAUGCUGCGUCCACAGUACCCAUCGCUGAAGUGCUAUGCUUAUUCUCCCCCUGGGGGGCUGCUGAGUGAGGAUGCCAUGGAGUACUCGAAAGAGUUUGUGACUGCUGUCGUGCUUGGCAAAGAUCUAGUCCCCAGAAUUGGUCUGUCACAGCUAGAGGGUUUUCGCCGGCAGCUUCUUGAUGUUCUCCAGAGAAGUAACAAACCAAAGUGGCGAAUCAUCGUGGGUGCCACAAAGUGUAUACCCAAGUCAGAACUCCCAGAGGAGACUGAAGGGAAUUCGGUGACCAGUAACCGUCUCUGGACACACCCCAGUGAUCUAACCAUUGCGCUGUCUGCCAGUACGCCACUCUACCCACCCGGCCGCAUCAUCCACGUAGUGCACAACCACCCUGCCGAGCAAUGCUGUUGCUGUGAACAGGAGGAUCCCACUUACUUUGCAAUUUGGGGUGACAAUAAAGCAUUCAAUGAAGUCAUCAUCUCCCCAGCUAUGCUGCAUGAACACCUUCCUUAUGUGGUCAUGGAGGGGCUCAACAAGGUUCUGGAGAAUUACAACAAGGGCAAAACUGCCUUGCUUUCUGCAGCCAAAGUGAUGGUGAGUCCAACAGAAGUGGAUCUCAACCCAGAACUGAUCUUCCAGAAUCAGCCCCUGCCCAGCGGACCCUCAGUACAAAUCGGGAUUGGAGCCAUAACCGUGGACAGAAGGAACAGCAGUGUCAAGAGUCUGAUGAAGGAAUGCCUAACAUAGUGAAGCUGGGAAGGGGUUGUAACUGCUUU